UUCCCCAUGAAGUGAACAGGAAGUCCGCCUCUCCUUAGCAGCGGCGGUCGUGUGUGGCGGCGGUGGCGUGCGUGUGUUCACCCGAACCUGUUAAAACAUUGGGAAAAUGGCCGAUGCGACGACACUCUUCGCUUCCAUUGGGCUCAGUGAGCAGAAGGUUAAAGAAACGCUGAAAAACGAAGCGCUCAGUUCUGCCCUGAAGAACGCAAUUACUCAGGCUACCAGUGUCAGUGGAGCAACAGGAGUGGACAAAGCUGUGGGGACAUUGUUGUACAGCUUGGCUUCUCGACUCAAAGAUCCAAAACGUCUUGGUUUCCUCGCAGAAAUUAUAGCUCAGCGCAAAAUAUGCACCGAGCAACAACUUGCAGCUGCUUUGGAAUUUGUGAAGAGUCACCCCCAGGAUCCCCUCAACCAGAGGGAGUUUGAUGAGGCCUGUGGAGUGGGUGUGGUUAUAACGCCAGAGCAGAUUGAAGAUGCAGUGGAGUCUGUGAUCUUGAAGCACAAAGAGCAGCUUCUGAAGGAGAGAUACCACUUCAACAUGGGUCUGCUAAUGGGGGAUGUGCGUUCUGCUCUAAAAUGGGCUGAUGGGAAAGCUCUGAAAAAUGAGGUGGACAUGCAGAUCCUGCUCCUCUUGGGACCCAAGACUGAGGCUGACUUGGAGAAGAAAUCUAAGGUCCAGAAGGCUAAACCUGAGAAUGACAUGAAGGCAAAAAAAGAAGAGGCUACAUUGAAUGGCGAGGCCACCUCUGUAGAGGGAAAGUCCCUAAUGGAGCAGCUCAGAGGAGAGGCCCUGAAGUUCCAUAAACCAGGGGAGAACUAUACAACUGAGGGCUAUGUGGUGACACCAAACACAAUGAACUUGCUGAAAAAGCACAUGGAGCUCUUUGGUGGACAGAUUCGUACUCGUUUUCCGCCUGAGCCCAAUGGCAUCCUUCACAUCGGACACGCCAAAGCCAUUAACUUUAAUUUUGGUUACGCAAAGGCAAACAAUGGGAUUUGUUUCUUGAGAUAUGAUGACACUAAUCCAGAGAAAGAGGAGGAGAAAUACUUUACUGCCAUUAAAGACAUGGUGGAGUGGCUAGGUUACACACCUUAUGCAGUCACGCACGCAUCAGACCACUUUCAGCUACUGUACGAUCUAGCAAUGGAUCUCAUUCGCAGGGGUCAUGCAUAUGUGUGCCACCAGAAAGGGGAAGAACUCAAAGGCCAUAAUACUCCUCCUUCACCAUGGAGAGAUCGUCCCAUUGAAGAAUCGCUAGUUUUGUUUGAGAGGAUGAAAAAAGGAUUGUUCGCAGAGGGAGAAGUUACACUAAGGAUGAAGACGGUCAUGGAGGAUGGGAAAAUGGACCCUGUGGCGUACAGAAUCAAAUAUACGCCGCAUCAUUGUACAGGAGAUGAAUGGUGCAUCUAUCCCACUUACGACUACACCCACUGUCUGUGUGACUCCAUUGAAAAUAUCACACAUUCACUCUGUACCAAAGAGUUUCAAGCCAGGCGCUCAUCCUAUUACUGGUUAUGUAAUGCUCUGGACCUGUACUGCCCCGUUCAGUGGGAAUAUGGCCGCCUGAACCUUACCUACACCGUCGUGUCCAAAAGAAAGAUCAUCAAAUUGGUAGAGAGUGGCGCAGUCAGAGACUGGGACGAUCCUCGUCUCUUUACUUUAACUGCGCUUCGGAGGCGAGGCUUCCCACCAGAGGCAAUUAACAACUUCUGUGCUCGGGUGGGAGUCACCGUUUCCCAGACGACAACUGAGCCGCAUCUUCUGGAAGCGUGUGUGAGGGAUGUGCUUAAUGAGACAGCCCCACGAGCCAUGACCGUGAUGGAACCUCUUAAAAUCACAAUAGUUAACCUUCCUGAAGGCUCAAAGUCAAACAUACGAGUACCAGACUUCCCAGCUCACGAGGCCAAGGGCAGCCAUACUGUGCCUUUUACAAGCACCAUCUUCAUUGAACAAAGUGACUUCAGAGAGGUGAUGGAGAAAGGCUACAAGCGCCUUACCCCAGAACAGCCUGUCGGACUAAGGCAUGCUGGCUAUGUCAUUUCUGUCCAGAAGAUCAUCAAGGACAACCAGGGUAAAGUGGUGGAACUGGAGGUGACCUGCUGCAGCUCUGACAAAGCAGAGAAACCAAAGGCCUUCAUCCACUGGGUCAGCCAGCCACUUGUGUGUGAAGUGCGCAUCUAUGAAAGGCUAUUCUUGCACAAACACCCUGAGGAUCCGGCUGAGGUGCCCAAUGGCUUCUUGAGUGACAUCAACCCUAAUUCUCUGCAAGUUAUCACCAGUGCCUUAGUUGAUACCUCUGUCAAAGGAGCGAAAGUACUUGACAAAUUCCAGUUUGAGAGAGUUGGCUAUUUCUCCGUGGACCCUGACAGCACAGAUGACAAGCUGAUCUUUAACAGGACAGUUACUCUCAAAGAGGAUCCUGGGAAGAUUUAGGUGUCUGUCUGUGCGAUCAAGCUAUGUGUCCUGCUUCCCAAGAGCCCACUGAUACAUGCCACAAUCACAACUAUUUGCACCACGUCAUGUAUAAAGCCAGCAACUGCUUUAGUUGAGAUUGAAACAAAUCAGAUAACUGACCAUAUUUGGAACUGCAGUCAUUCCUUAUGCAUCUUUUUCCCCCCUGACUGCAGUUAGUCAUUUCUAUAAAUACAUUUUGUGAAAAAGAAAUACUGAAGUAUCUGAUGGAUACAUUUACAUUUUUGCCACUCUGUGUCACCUCAUAACUAUUUUAAUUGCUCAAUAUUACCUCUUUUAUUGUAUGCAAUAGGAUUACUGAAAAAUAUCUUGAAUUUCAUAACAUUGUCACCUCUGCUGAUGCUAUCAAAUACAGUAUCUAACUUUGGUUGGUCACUGCCAAAGCAUAAUUUUUUAUGUCACAAAAGGUGCUCGUGUAUCAGGCACAAUUAAACUGUUUAAGAAAACAACAGUUUGUCUGGUUUCUAAUAAUAAAAUGACUACACACCUUAUCGACAUAACAGUAGCUACUUUUGUGUGAAAUUUACAAUAAAUCUGGCUUUUUUUCUGGCA